AUUUUACUAAUCAAAAAUCAAAAACAAACUUUUCGUGACGACAAACUGAAUUUAUUUUAUCAACUCAAGGUCAGAACAUUUGUAUUUUAAUCAGUCGGCUUUGCCCCCUUCCCGUCUAUCAGCCGCUCACUGGUUUCUGUUUAAAAUAUACGUUUUAUAAAUAAGCUACAAUGGCUUCCGCAAUGUUGAAGUUACUGAAAACUGAAUCUCAACUAGUCUUGCGAAGGAAAUACAGUAGUGCAGCUCCGGCCACAAAGCUUUACAUAGAUGGUCAGUAUGUUGACUCUAAAACAAGCAACUGGAUCGAACUUACCAACCCAGCUACUAAUGAAGUUAUUGGCAGGGUACCAGAAGCGACGAAAGAGGAAUUGAAUGCUGCUCUUGAAGCCGCCAAAAGGGCUUACAAAUCAUGGAGCCAAACCACUGUAAUGACCCGUCAGCAACUCAUGUUCAAAUUCGCCCGCAUACUGCGAGAGAAUCAAAGCAAACUGGCCGCGAAGAUUACUGAGGAACAAGGCAAGACAUUAGCUGACGCUGAGGGAGAUGUGCUUAGAGGAAUUCAGUCGGUAGAGCACUGCUGCAGCAUCACGUCGCUGCAGCUGGGAGACAGCAUCCAGAACAUUGCCAAGGACAUGGACACACACAGCUACAAAGUGCCUCUCGGUGUUGUUGGAGGUGUAGCAGCAUUCAAUUUCCCAGUGAUGAUUCCGUUAUGGAUGUUCCCGCCUGCGCUAGUGACUGGCAACACUUGCAUCAUCAAGCCCUCGGAGCAGGAUCCCGGCGCGACGCUCAUGAUGAUGGAACUGCUGCAGGAAGCCGGCGCUCCACCUGGCGUUGUUAACAUAAUACACGGUACCCACGACGCUGUGAACUUCAUCUGCGACGAGCCGGCCAUCAAGGCGGUGUCGUUCGUGGGCGGCGACGGCGCCGGCACACACAUCUACCAGAGGGCCUCCGCUGCAGGCAAGCGUGUGCAGAGCAACAUGGGUGCUAAGAACCACGGCGUGAUCAUGCCCGACGCCAACAAGGAGCACACCCUCAACCAGCUGGCCGGCGCCGCCUUCGGGGCCGCCGGCCAGCGCUGCAUGGCGCUCAGCACCGCCGUCUUCGUCGGUGAGGCAAAGGAAUGGAUCCCAGACCUAGUGAACCGCGCUCAGGGUCUGAAAGUGAAUGCUGGCCACGUUCCCGGCACUGAUGUUGGUCCCGUCAUCUCAGUCAAGGCUAAGGAGAGGAUCCUGAGGCUUGUGGAAUCAGGAGUCAAAGAAGGCGCAAAGGUUGUUCUCGACGGUCGCGGCAUUAAAGUGCCCGGUUUCGAAAAGGGCAACUUUGUAGGACCGACCAUUAUUACCGACGUGAAACCUUCCAUGGAGUGCUACAAGGAAGAGAUCUUCGGCCCCGUGCUUGUCUGUUUGUUCGUCGACACAUUAGACGAGGCCAUACAAAUGAUCAAUGCGAACCCCUACGGCAAUGGAACGGCCAUCUUCACCACGAACGGAGCCACCGCCAGGAAGUUCGCAAACGAAAUCGAUGUAGGACAAGUGGGAGUGAAUGUGCCCAUUCCAGUGCCCUUAUCUAUGUUCUCCUUCAGUGGUACAAGGGGCAGCUUCUUGGGAACAAAUCACUUCUGUGGAAAGCAAGGAAUCGAUUUCUACACUGAGUUGAAAACGGUUGUAUCGUUCUGGAGGCAGAGUGAUGUGUCUCACACGAAAGCGGCGGUCUCCAUGCCCACUCAACAAUAA